ACAGAGAAGAGAACAGAGAGCGAGCUCCUUCUUCUUCCUAAACCGCGGCCUCGGCCUGUCUAUAAAUACACACACAGGGGUUCUUCUCUCCAUCGAAUUGAUUUGCAUUCCGUACCCUUUAUUAACACCCAGUCAGCCAAGCUCCUAGCUCCACCGUACUGCUUUACUCCUAAGUGCUAUGCUGGCUAAUUGCUCAAUCCAUCAUCAACACCGAUCGCCCCAGCUCUGAUCCUGAGCUAUAUAUACCUUCUUCGUCGAUCGAUCUUCGUUGUCCUAAUGGCGAUCCUCGGUGCGGCCGUGGAUAGCAGCAGCAGCAGCCACGCGGUCGACCAUCAUACGCCGCCGCGGGAGCAGCAGCAAAGGAAGCCAUCGGCGCCGGAGCCGACGGAGGAAGAGCUCAAGGGGGUGCGGCACCUGUGCGAGCGCGGCAUUACGUCGCUGCCGCCGCGGUACAUCCUGCCGCCCUGCGACCGCCCGGCGCCCGUCCCGUCCCGCGGCAUCCCGGUCAUCGACCUCGCCCGCCUCCGCCGCCGGGAAUCCUCGGAGCUGGCCGCGCUCGACGCGGCCUGCCGCGACCUGGGCUUCUUCCAGGUGGUGAACCACGGCGUGGACGACGGCAGGUCGACGGCGCCGGAGAUGCUGGACGUGGCGCGGCGCUUCUUCGCGCUGCCGUUCGAGGAGCGCGCGCGGCACAUGUCGCCGGACAUCCGGUCGCCCGUCAGGUACGGGACCAGCUUCAACCAGCUCAACGACGGCGUGCUCUGCUGGCGGGACUUCCUCAAGCUGCUCUGUAACCCGUCAAGGAUGGACGACGUCGUCCCCUCCUGGCCCCACAACCCCAGUGACCUCAGGGACGUGGUGUCGUCGUACGCGGCUGCGAACCAGAGGCUGUUCAAGGAGCUGAUGGAGGCGCUGCUGGAGGCCAUGGGCAUCACGGGCGGCGGCGUGCUUGAGGAGCUCGACGCCGGGACGCAGAUGCUGAUGGUGAACUGCUUCCCGGCUUGCCCGGAGCCGGAGCUGACGCUGGGGAUGCCGCCGCACUCGGACUACGGCUUCCUCACCGUGCUGCUGCAGGACCAGGUCAACGGCCUGGAGGUCAACGACCACCGCGACGGCGACUGGCUCCUCGUCGAACCCCUCCCCAGCGCCCUCGUCGUCAACGUCGGCGACCACCUAGAGAUAUUCAGCAACGGACGGUACAAGAGCGUGCUGCACCGGGUGCGGGUAAACUCGACGCGGUCGCGGAUCUCGGUGGCGUCGCUGCACAGCCUGCCGCCGGAGCGGGUGAUCGGGCCGGCGCCGGAGCUGCUGGCCGGCGAGCCGCGGCGGUACAUGGACACCGACCUCACCACCUUCCUCGACUACCUCGCCUCUGCCGAAGGGAAGCACAAGACGUUCCUCCAGUCAAGGACCAUCACCACAUCGCCCGGCUAAUCAUCAAUCCAUCGACCGGCCAGGAACAGUUAAUCUCGUCCGUACGUACCGUACGUCAAGGCUUCGCCUUAAACUGUACUCCUCCUAGCAAGUCAACACGCAUGCGUGCGUAUAUCAAGGAUCGAUAACACGCACGUUUCGGCCCGUCAGUUUCGAUCGAUCGAUCGAGGACCACACCCCCUCCUCCCACCCCUAAUUAAUUAGGUACUGGCUAGCUUAGUUCUGAAUUUCGAUGAUUUAAUUGUUAUUAAGAUGAGCGUCAUUUGAUUGAUGAAACGUUCGUUUGUACUCCCUACGUAGCUAAUAUAUGGAAGAUGUACUUAUUUACUAUGA